GCGGAUCUUGCUCCGCGGCCAUAUUCCUCUUCUAUGCUGGGCGCUUAACUACUAGUGAAAUGUAUUGUCGGAGCACAUGGACACCGGAUGUCCAUGAGCUUGUCAAGAUAGCAUGAUCCCAACACAUCAGCAACUCGUAUGGUAAGUGGACUACCUUCAUCGGGUGUCUGCUUCGAUCACCGAAGAGGAGAACCAUACCUUCGCUUCCAAUCGAAUGACGAAGAGUUCUGUUUGACGCCCGUACGGAACGUAGAUGUCGAAGCAAUCGUACCGAUCUUGAACGAUCCGGCUGUGUACACGCAUCUGCUAACGCCGUAUCCUUAUACGAAGGAACAUGCCGAAGUUUUGGUCAACGACCAAGUGCAGAAGUACGAGCUCGAUCGGCAGUUCUUUACUGGUGACGAGAGGCAACCAAUUAGUACGGGGAAGAUUUUCGAUUACAAUCCUAUGCUUGCAAUUCGACAGCAGUGUUCAGAUGGAUCGCAGCAAUUCCUAGGAAUAUUGGGCAUGUGGAGAUCAAUGUUUCUGUAUGAGGCGGUUGAGCAUAGAAAACUGGAGUUGAAGACGCAGAACGAAGCUAAAGCGGCAGGAGAUCCGAGCAUUAUCUAUUCAGUAGCUUACUACCUCGAUCCUGCCGUCCACGGGAAGGGCAUUAUGACUGCGGCCCUUCACAAGAUGAUUCACUCCUGGGCAAUCCCACAUAUAGAUGUACAUGAAAUAACUGUCGGUAUUAUCGAGGACAACUGGGCCAGCAGAAAAGUUCUCGACAAGCUUGGGUUCAAGCUCGUUGAGAAGGUAGAUGGUGUGACACCCACCCAGGGCAGGCGAGAAGUGGUUCUUGGACAGUGGCUGAUGCGGUAUACUGUCGAAUGAGAACGAUAUACUCAGCAGGCAUAUCUCCGAAUGCCAAGGUGAAGGACACAUGACGGCUUGUGCGACUGCUCUCGC